UGAAAAAGGAAAGAAAAACGCAAAGAAAGAAAAACUUUUUAUUUGCGAAAAAAAUUGUAGGAAAACUUAUUAAAAUAGUGCAAAGCUCCCACAAAUUGUCCAAAAAAUGACUACAGAUGAAAAUAUAUUGCAGGAAAUGUUGGAGAGGGUCACCAAUCCUGCCAAGCUGGAGGUGGAUAAUUUAGCUGUUCAAAUGUUUUGUAUGAUGGUACAAAGUAAUAGCGAUUUAGUGACCAAAGCUCACGAAUUAAUUGUUAAAAAAAUGCAUUCCAAUAAUACCACAGAGGCAGCAAGAGCUAUAGGGCUUUUAGAGGAAUGCAUGUCGAAGGGAGGUUUAGAAUUUCAAAAAAAGACUGCUAAAUUUACUUUUCUCAAUGAACUAAUUGCUUUAGUUUUGGAUAAACAUGCUGGUCCACCGGCUCCGGUUGACACGAAGAAACGUAUAAUGGAAUGUCUUAUGCUGUGGACGGUAGAACAUCAGGAUAAAACAAAAAUUCAAGAAGCCUAUGAUAAUCUGAAAAGACAAGUCAAUUUUGCUCAUGGACCAACAACCAACAAUUCCAAUUCACCCGCUUUAACAAAUGUUCGCGAACAACGUUCCAGCUUUCUGGGCAAGGAUGAUGAGUUAGUGGCCAAACUAUUGAAACAGGGAGGAGAGGAGAAUUGGAAAAAAGCCAAUUUGCUGAUUAAGCAUCGUUUUAAUCAAGAGGCCAGACGUACGGAAUUCAUUUGUCAUCUUAAAAGUGAAUUGAAGAAGAUAGAUAGUACGAUGGAGGUCCUGGAUGAAAUGUUAAAUUCCUAUAGCUCAGAUACCCCUGGAGAAGAUAGCAGGGACAUUAUGCAGGAGUUGUAUAAUACGUGUAAAAGUCAUAAUGAGCAAAUGGCGAGAUGGCCGGAUUUCUUGGGCGAUGGAGAACCGGAAUUUUUGGAGGAUGUCUUAAACACUAAAGACCUUCUAAUGGUUGUAAUACAACGAUAUAAAGAACUUUUCGAAAAUGAAUUGCAAUUAACAAAACCCCUCGAUGCUUUAACUGUAAAGACAACAACUGCAACUACCGUCAACACCGAUUUACUCUCAGAACUACUGGGUGGCUCCAUAAAUACUUCCAGUCAAGAUACCAAACCAACAAUGACGACCAAUAGCAGCAAACCUGCAAGUGCUAAUAAUACUACAUUAGACGAAUUAAGUGAAAUUUUUGGCAGCAUUAAUGAUAAUACAUUAACUAAUAAUAAACCGCAUCAUCCUUCGGAUUUAUUAGGCAAUUUAGAUUUAUUAGAACCCAUUAGUGUAUUUGAAAGUGGAACGAAGGAGUUAGCAGCCACAGCAGUUACGAAUGGUAAGGAGAGAGAGAAAAAAUCGCAGGGUUUUAAGGAAUUAAAAGAAAUUGAUAAAUUAAGUGAGGAAAUGUUUAAGCAGAGUUUAAAGGAGGAACAACGCUUAUUAUCCUUCAAAAAAGAAACUGAAAAAUUAACUUUAAAUGAUAUGGCUAAAGAUAAAAUACAAACAUCACUACUCGCCGCUAAAGUGGCAGAUAAUAAAAGCAAAUCUAAUUUAAAAACUCAAGAAGAUUAUAAAACCAUAGCAAUUUUAGAUGAAUUAACGACUGAUUUUAAGGACUUAAAUGGAAAAGAAAAUAAAGUGGAAAAUUUGGAAAUUAAAGAAAAAGUAUUAGAUGUUAAAGAGGAAAUAGAGCCUAAGAGUAAUACUGAAGUUACAAGUGCAGUAACUUUAAAACCAUUAGCCGAGAUUACAAUAGAUUUAGACGAGGUUACACCACUAGAUGAGGGACAACGUUUACUUUUAGACGAUGAUGACAUACAAGUCACACUCAAUUUCACAGCUGAUCGUCCAGGCGAACAUGUAUCGGUUAUUGUUAUGGCGGUGACAAAUAAAUCCAAAUUGCCAGUUAAAGAUUUUCAAUUUGAAGCUAGUGUUAAGAAGCCCUGCAAAGUGCGUUUACUACCGCCCACAGAUGUGGCCAUGGCACCUAGUAAACCAUUUAGACCUUCGGCUCCCAUUAAUCAAGUAGUUUUACUGCUUAAUCCCACACAAAAUCCAGUGGAUCUAACUUGUAUAGUGGGCUAUAAAUUGGGCGAUGAUCCAGAUCCAAUUAAAGAAUCAAUUGUGGCCAAAGACAUUCCUUAUGUUUAGUUUUUUUUUAUUUUACAAAAUACAUAAAGUAUAUAAAAUG